AUGACCACGGAGAGUUUUGCAGAGUUCCUGAAUAAGCUUAAGGAAAUCCAUGAGAAAGAGGUCCAAGGCCUGCAAAGCAAGCUGACGGAGCUGAUGACAGAGAAGUGCUGCGAUGCUCAGAGAAUUGAAGAAUUGUUUGCUAAAAACCACCAGUUAAGGGAACAACAGAAGGUCCUUAAAGAAAACGUGAAGGUGUUAGAAAACAGGCUGCGAGCGGGUCUCUGUGACAGAUGCAUGGUCACCCAGGAGCUGGCCAAAAAGAAGCAGAAUGAGUACGAGACCUCCCAUUUCCAGAGCCUGCAGCACAUCUUCAUCCUCACUAACGAGACGAACCGCCUGCGGGAAGAGAACAAAACGCUCAAGGAAGAGCUGAAGAGGCUCCGGAGCCUGGCGGACAAGACAAAGCCCCCCGGGGUCACCUCCAGAGAAAGCAGCUCCACCCCCAGCUCCCCAUUGGCAUUGCUGUCCCCAGUGAGCAGGAAUGCCAGCACCGAGAAAGCAGCUCACAGGGGAGCAGAAGAAGCCCAACAUGAUGUUCCAGGCCUCGAAUUGGAAGAAGAAAAGCCUGCAGGACAGAGAAGCCAGAGAAGCUCUCCGAGCAGCAGGACUUCCCCAGGCACCGUCCUCCAAGAGGUCAGCCUCGCAGAAGUGGCAUCCCAGAGGAUCGCCAACCAGCUGCAUGGAACCAUCGCCCUGGUGAGACCCGGCUCCAGGUCCUGCCUCCUGGAAAGAAGUCCUUCAAGGGCAGCUGUAUCCCCACCGGCCAGGAAGACUCCUCUCCCUCCGGAGCGUGAGCACAGCCCCGGCCUUGAGGCUUAUUUAUCAGCAACUAAACCAGGCUCCCCCAAGGCUGUUCCAUCCUAUGAAAACCUCAAACUGAUUGCCCGGAGAGAGCAGCUCUGCCUGCUCCACAAGCACCUUUCCCUGCACCAGUUGGGGCUGGCGAGUGACUAUGCCUCUGCCGACCGGGAUGGCAGCAGCUUCUCCAGCCACUUGCUCAGAGCCAAAGAUGCUGAUGGCAGGACACGGUCGCGCGAUGGCUGGGAAGACCAUGCAGCCUUGCUAAAGCUCCCAGCCACUAUGGUGUAUGUGAGAGACCAGCAUCUGGAGGAGAAGCUGCACCUCCUCAGGCACAGGGACCGGCUGCAGCAUCUCCUCAUGCAGCAGCGCCAGCCAGGCCCGCGGGCAGAUGGAGACACAAAGCUCCCAGCUGAGGAGCGGCCCCGCUCCCCAUGGCCGAGCAUCACAACAGGAUGCAAGGAGGAAAGGUCCUUCCUGGAGGAUGCUGCAGAUGGGAAGGAAGAGAAGGAGCAUUGGCUGAGCCAGGACAGCUCCGAGAGCCGAGGAAAGGUGAAGGCAGCAAGGGACGAUGGUGCAGACACGCCGCUGGAUCUGUCAGACUCUGGCCGUGACAGGGGAAGGGGCUGGCACCACCGCCGGGAGCCACGGAGCCCCGGGGACAGCCCCGCUGUGCCGGCAGCCCAUGGUGCCCAAGAGAGACAUGGGGCAGAGCGGGAUGACUUGUGCUUCCCCACCUACCGCUGGCCCAGUGCCACCCGGGCACUGCCUGGUGCUGGUGAGGAGGAGGAUGAGGAUGAGGAGGAUGCAGCUGUGCUCGCACUCUCACGGGCACAUCCGACAAACAACUCCACACCGAGCGACCCAGAGGCCCCUCCAGAGACCAGGGUGAGACUGGAUGUCAGCACACAGAAGGGAGAAGCAGAUGACAACGAUGCUGAGUCUGGGAAGCAGGAAUCUGAUGAGCCAGACACGACGGACAGCGAGGUGGCUGCCCCAUAUGAAGAUGAUGUCCUACAAGAAACCCAGGUUGAUGGGAAAUAUUUUUGCACCAAAGACAAGGCUUAUGCACUGCAGAAGAAGAGAAAAAGAGGACAUGAUCCCUGGACAAAAGGAGCUAAGAAAUCAAUGAGAGGAAGAAAGAAAGUCAAAGUGGAGCAGUGCUCAGCAGGGAUCACGAAGGAACCGGAGAACUCCUCUGCUUCCCACAACGCUACCUCCAAGGAGAGCUAACAGUGGGCAGGAUGAGAGGCGACACAUAAACUGCAGAGCAAAGGAGAGGGCUUGGAGUCUCAGCAUCCCACCCGUGCUGGGAGAGCAACUCCUCCUGCCCUGCUGGGCCAGGCAGUGGGGAACUCAUAAGGACACCUUCAUGAGUAGAACACCCUGAGAAUCCUCGCUUGGUGCCCCAGGAGAAGCCAGGCAAGGAGGAGCCAUGCGGGAGAUGUGUGGAGCAGCCGGGUCCCUGCCGGUGGAGCAGCACAUUCAGUGACCCCCAGCCCUGCACUGGAGCAGACCCUCAGGCUGGUGCUAGGAAGAGAUGCCCUCCUCGCAGCACCCACCCUGAGUCAGGUCCAUGUUCUUCACUGGGAUUUCAUGCAAGGAGAAUGGACCCCCUGGACCCCACUCCCCACGUAUGAUGUCCCAGUGGCUGGCCAAAGGGUGGUGACCAAGGUGAACGCCACAAGGUCCCAUGCACAAACCUGCAUUGAUUAAAUCCCUACCCAGGUU